AUACAGACUCCCAAGAAUGGCGUGGGUGUCGACAGGGGCGGCGGUGUGGGCGGCAGUAUGGUGGGCGGUGGUGGGAGGAGGGGAAGCAUACAGUAGCCUCAGCGUGGCGGUGGCGUGCGACACAAUGCUACCCGGUCACCUCUCUCUCGGCCCCCAGAGCUCAUCAGCCCCCUACGGCAUCUACAUCACCCCCAGGAACAGUUCCUACUACGUGACGGUGUACGGACACAACCAGCAGGAGUUCAAAGGGUUCCUGCUGCAGGCAAAGGAUGAGCAAGGUCAGCGUGCGGGCCACUUUACGAAGGUUCAGAUACCCGGCAGGAUCAUCAGCUGUACCUUUGACGGGGGCGCCGUGCAGCACAAGGGAGGCGACCCUAAGACACAAAUCACCGUACAGUGGGAACCUCGAGACUACCGAGGACACGUGCAAUUUGGGGCAACGAUAGUACAGUCUUAUUCUACCUACUGGACGAACGUUCUCUCCGACGUCCUUACUGUCUUGUGAUCCUUCACAGGUCUUCCCAGCUUAGCGAAGACUUAAGUGCCGAACACGCAAGGUAGCUUCCCUCGCAGUCAAUUGUGAAGAUACUUAAUGUGCAGUGAUGCCAUAACAUAACUGGCUAGUGGUGUAAACUUCUACAAAUAACUCAGUUACGAAAUCCAGUCUUAUCUUCAGAAUUCUGAAUAAUACAUGUGAGUACUGGUAGUUCUCUUGUGGGGAAAGCAUGGGCCCCCUCUGAACUGAAUAAAAUUGCCUUGUUUUAGUGUGUUCAUUUUGAUGUUAUUUAAAACGUGUAACAUUCGCUGCCAAACUUCAAUUACUUGGGAUCAGUAGUGAAAUAUAUCAUACGUUUUCUAAUAUUUUGUUGCUUUAUCAGUGAGUUGAACUUGAAACACUUUCAGGUUAGGCCAUGUAAUAAAGAUAUCUUUUGGCUUAGUCAUAAUUAUUAUAUGCUUUGAAAAGUUAAUAAUC